UGAGAUUGGUCUCAGUCUCCCUGCUUGCGUGGGUUUCCCUAGCUCUGUGCUCCUGAGAUGGUGACGUGGGGUGGGGGUGUGGCUUCGUGCAUCUCUGGGGCUGAAAGACACUGCUCUCCAGGUAUCAGGAGGAGGAGAUGGGCUCCCCUGAGAGGAUCUCCCUCCCGCCUCCUCCCUAUUCUGCUGCACCAGAGCCGGGUUCACACCGUAUAAAAUUGGACGUUAUACAUUGAAUACCUGGGAAAUCCUCCGUGUGCCUGAGGAUUGCAUGUGACCCUGGGAACACGGGCUACAUCAGCACAGGCAAGUUCCGGAGCCUUCUGGAGAGCCACAGCUCCAAGCUGGACCCGCACAAAAGGGAGGUGCUCCUGGCCCUCGCCGACAGCCAUGCGGACGGGCAGAUCUGCUACCAGGAUUUUGUGAACUUGAUGAGCAACAAACGUUCCAACAGCUUCCGCCAAGCCAUCCUGCAGGGCAACCGCAGGCUAAGCAGCAAGGCCCUGCUGGAGGAGAAGGGGCUGAGCCUCUCGCAGCGACUCAUCCGCCAUGUGGCCUAUGAGACCCUGCCCCGGGAGAUUGACCGCAAGUGGUACUACGACAGCUACACCUGCUGCCCCCCACCCUGGUUCAUGAUCACAGUCACACUGCUGGAGGUUGCCUUUUUCCUCUACAAUGGGGUGUCGCUAGGUCAGUUUGUACUGCAGGUUACUCAUCCACGUUACUUGAAGAACUCGCUGGUUUACCACCCACAGCUGCGAGCACAGGCUUGGCGAUACCUGACAUACAUCUUCAUGCAUGCAGGGAUAGAACACCUGGGACUCAACGUGGUGCUGCAGCUGCUCGUGGGAGUGCCCCUGGAGAUGGUGCAUGGAGCCACCCGAAUUGGGCUUGUCUAUGUGGCUGGCGUUGUGGCAGGGUCCUUGGCAGUGUCUGUGGCUGACAUGACCGCCCCAGUCGUGGGCUCUUCUGGAGGGGUGUAUGCUCUCGUCUCUGCCCAUCUGGCCAACAUCGUCAUGAACUGGUCAGGCAUGAAGUGUCAGUUCAAGCUGCUGCGGAUGGCUGUGGCCCUGAUCUGUAUGAGCAUGGAGUUUGGGCGGGCCGUGUGGCUCCGCUUCCACCCGUCGGCCUAUCCCCCCUGCCCUCACCCAAGCUUCGUGGCACACUUGGGUGGCGUGGCUGUGGGCAUCACCCUGGGCGUGGUGGUCCUGAGGAACUACGAGCAGAGGCUGCAGGACCAGUCACUGUGGUGGAUUUUUGUGGCCAUGUACACUGUCUUCGUGCUGUUCGCCAUCUUCUGGAACAUCUUUGCCUACACCCUGCUGGACCUGAAGCUGCCGCCUCCCCCCUGAGGGCUGGAGGCCCAAGGUAGGGGAGGGGAGGGAAAAGCAGCACCCACAGGGAGCGCCUGCAAGUUUUUUUCUCAUCACCAGCUCAGCAAGGCCGGGCAGGCGAGGACAGAAGACUCUGGGCCACUGUAUUGUUUGUUUAGAUUUGGACAGUGGAGACCUUUUUCUGAAAGGCACCUGGUGGAGGAGGUGAUGUGGCUACUGUCGUUUUUCUAGGCUGCUCUGAUGACGUGGGGCCAGAGUGAAAGUCUGGAGUGGGGGGAGACUGGCCCUCCCUCCCCUGGGCUGGGCUUGUUCCGCAGGGCCAGGGGUGCCCCUCAGUGCAGCAGCGUCUUCCUCAUCCUCUACCCUCAGAGACCCUGAGAGACUCGGGAAGACCCAAGGGUUGUUGCGGCCAGGCAUGGCCAAUCUCUAGCUCAGAGAUAAUUGCAGGCCAUGUGGUGUCCCCUCCACAGCUGCUGGGUCUGGAGCUCUGAUAAAAAGAGGACCUACUGGACAUGUCAGCUGUGACCUGGUUGAAACCAGGGUGCCCUCCUGGGCUGGUCAGUGGGCACUGGGGCAUGGUCUGUUGUGCCAGGGCUGGGCAGAGCAGGGAGGCUGUAGGCUCCAGGCCCCCCUUGCCCUGGGGGUACCCAGUGAGAGGGAAAGAAGCAGGGGGAAUAAACAUCAUCCCAAGUUCCACCCUGGAGAAGACAGACCCAGGACCAGCUUUAGACUUCUCCCUCCCUUUCUUCUAGAAUGUUGGCAUCUCACACUGGUGCCCCAGCCUCUGUGCCCAGCCUAGCUUUAGGGUCUUUUUCUUUCCUUUUGCUGCCCUGACCCUACUUCGUGCCUCUCUUUGGUUAUGGAGACAGUUUUGAUAUGUGUGUGCAUGUGUGCAUGCGUGUGUGAUGGGAAAGGCAAUUGAGGCAAGUCAGCGCCUGCAGAGAAGGCACAGCAGAUGCAGGGGGUCAUAUGGGCGUCGGUGCAAGGUGGGAGACCAUGGUGUGCUGUGGUUGCUGACUGUCCUUGCCUGACAAAGCCUGUCCCCUUCUUUCCCAUCUCCUGUCCCUUCCACACCUGCCCCUGAGCAUCACUGACGGGCGGCAGAAUGGCCCUGCUGGAGGAAGAGCUUAGCUCCUCUGGGAUCCCCAGAUGCUGAGGUUUGCCAGGUUCAGCUCUUGUUUCCCUCUGGGAUGUCCUUCGUAUCCAAAAGGUUUCCGUCCUGUCUCCCUUAGGAGAGAAGGAGCUUUGGGGGCUCAAGAGAGGCUGGGGUAGGACUGUUGAGGCCACGUGUCCAUUUGAGUUGGGACAGGAGGCUAUAGGAAGAGGAAUUCCAAUCUAGGUGGAAAACUUUGCCUCAGGAGAAUUGCUGGGUGCGUGGUUGGGCCUGAGUGGGAGGGCAGCCAGUAAGCUCAGAGACUUGGCUGCAGGAGAGAACAUGGCGGUUAUCACCUCCACCCACCCCAUCUCACAGGUGAGAAAACGAGAUUGCAAGAAUGACCCUCCUAACAGGAGCUGGUGCAGGCCCCAAAUGGAGGGCAUGAGGAUGAUCUUUGACCAAAAAAGUGAUACUCCCUUUAUUGGGCUCUUGGAAUUCUCAACCACUGACAGUCCAAAAGAACAAAGAACACCAGGCCUGGGAGGAGGCAGAGGGGCUGGGCUCAUCCAGAAACAGAGGCAGGAGCAUGGGGACUGUCGUCCUCCAGCCUCAUGCCCAUCCCAGCCCUUGAGUGCCACAAAGUCCAGGGUUACUCGGGCCAGGCAU